AUGAAAUUCUUAAUUGCAUUAAUCUUUUUAGUUACCUGUGCUUCAGCAAGACGUAUGCCAUAUCAUUGUUCAAACACCAAUGGAUACACCUCCAAUUUCGAAGCAACUGCUUUCAACACUUUAGAUCCAAAUUCAAACUAUCCACCAAUGUCAUUCUUUGAAGCUGGAAAUACUACAACCGAUUUUGUUGGACAAAGAACUUUCACCACCUAUGUUCUUGUAGUGGAAGGUCAAGAACCAAGUUUUGGUUCUAUCUGGGAGUUUGGUCAAACUAAUGAAGGAUAUAUCUUGGAUAAUGGUGUUUGUGUCAAAGUGUCAUUGGACUAUCCAGUUCCCUCUGCACUCCCAUUGGGUGACUUAAUUGGUACCACCAAGAUUGGACAAUUCCCAGUUCAAAUAUUCAAUGCUGCAUUAGUUUCAUACAAUACCAACCAAACCUACCUCUACGAUCCAUUGAGUUGUUCUCUUGUAUCAUCGACAAUAAGAAAUUCCGAUCUAACCAACCCAGGAUUUACAGUUAUGAACUUCUACAACUUUGAAAACAGUUUCACCGAGUCAUGGUUUGAUUUACCAUCAGAAUGCUCUUCACAAUCUGUAAUCUCCCUUCCAAAUUUCGUAGCUCCAAAACAUACCAAUAUUUUAAAAAAAUUCUUUUAA